AAAGAAAUGGGUAAGAAGUUGGAUGCUUUUCUUGGAAGAGGAUUCAAGACAGCCAAGUUCAAGACUCUCGUUAAUCUAGCCAUCUCUCGCCUUGCUGUUCUCAAGAACCAGCGCCAAGUCCGAUGCUCUCAAGCUCGCUCUGAUGUUAUCCAACUCCUCAAUCUUGGCCACCAUGAACGUGCUCUCCUUCGUGUUGAGCUUAUAAUCAAAGAGCAGAACAUGUUGGAUGCGUUUGUUAUGAUUGAAGGCUACUGCCAUCUUUUGAUUGAAAGGGUACUUCUCAUUGCAAAUGACAAAGAGUGCCCUGAUGAGCUCAAGGAAGCAAUCUCAACCUUAAUUUUUUCGGCUUCAAGAUGUGGGGAAUUCCCAGAACUGCAAGAGAUUCGUAACCUUUUCAUAUCACGAUAUGGAAGGGAAUUCGCUUCUCGUGCUGUUGAGUUACGUAACAAUUGUGGAGUUAAUCCAAGGAUCAUUCAGAAAUUCUCAACUCGACAACCCAGUUUGGAGAUCAGAAUGAAGUUGUUAAAAGAAAUUGCUUCUGAGAAUGGAAUCACUCUUAAGCUUCAAGAGGAGUCUUCUGUGACCACUGAGGUGGAGGUGAACCAGAAGCAGAACCUGUCCAAGCAUGGGGAUGAAAUACAUCAAUUGACAGAGGCAAUAGAGAGAGACAAGCAAUUCUCUGAAUCCAUGAAGACAAGGAAGCAAUACAGAGAUGUUGUUUCUGCAGCUCAAGCUGCUUUUGAAUCUGCAGCUUAUGCAGCAGCAGCAGCAAGGGCUGCAGUGGAACUCUCAAGAGGAAAAUCACAGGACAACGAUCCUGAUGAUCCAAGUAGUCCACUUGACGAGAUCCACCCUGCUGAAUCCUUGUCUUCUGAUUCCGAAGACGAUGAACAGGGGAAAAACCACAGGGAAAUUCACAUCAAAGAGAGGAAGAACAAAGCAGAGCUGGUAAGAUCAAUGUCUGCUACUAGUUCUGAUUCAGAUGAAGGUACUUUUGAGGAGAACAAAAUUUCUCCAAACCAGAAACCAGGGGAGUCUGCUUAUGAUGCAAGUGAUGAUGAGAUAAAGAGUGAAGAGGGUACAAUUACAAUUCCAUGGCUAUCAGAGGAGAGAGCUUUUGAUAAGAGUGAUGACGAGGAGGUAAAGAUUGAAGAGGUUAUAUCCAAGCAUAGCCAAUUGGGUUUCAAUGGGAAGUCUAGCUUUGGCAGAAAUGAAUUCCAAAGAACGCAACAGAGCUCAUUGAGAUCUCAAGAUCAUCUGCAUAAGGAUCUUUACACCAAUAAGGUGGUGAUGGGAUCAGGGAAUGAGGUUGAUGAUCCAAUUCCCAUGGCAUAUCCAGACAAAGGAAGAAGAUCUUUGAUGGAAAGCAAACAAAGUUUGUAUUCUGAAGAGCACGAAUCUGCACCUCGUGUGAACAAAGGAAGGAAGCCUGUUUCUGUGAGGACUAGGCGAGCAUAA